AUGGAAAGCAAUGACAGUGAUUUUCCUGAUGUGGGCUCGAUUCCCAACAUACUUCCGUAUCAAUUUGAGCCUAUCAUCAACAACAUAAAUUCACAGGCUGUCAACGAGGAGGUUACAUCAUCAGCUGAUUCAGACAUCGAUCAGGAUUCUCAGGACGGAAAACUUCAAAGAGUCCCAUAUUAUUUUGCAAACACCAAAAGAAAAAUGACAAAUAUUUCAAAGUCCAUAAAAAGUAGUGAAACCUUUCCUGAUGUUAAACGCCUGUUUGUUGUCCGCGGGAAAGGUGUUCAUGAAAAUCACUUAGUUGGAAAGGUUUCUGGUGUCAACAAGAGAACUUCAAAAGAGAUUAUCAAAGAAAUACAUUCAAUGGUCUCGAAUGGUGAGGUCCAGGUGCGGAAAAUCAAAAAGGAGAUUGCUAAUUAUGUUGAAAAUAUGCCAGUAUCAAGGAAGCCAUCACUAUUAAACAGACAGUAUUACCCGUCUUCCAAAACGGUAUACAAUCAUGUCCAAACAGCUUUGGCAAACAGCAGAUACUCAGAUGAAGAACAAGUUAAUGUGAAAAUUCAUCUACAAAAUCUAUCUAAGACUAAUCCAGGGCUGAAAUACUACUUCAGAGCACAUAGUGACAAAGAGAAAUUUCUACUAGUACUGCAGACAGAGUGGCAGAGUAAACUUCUAACAAGAUUUGACAGGACAUUACUAAUGGACAGUACCUUCAAUACUAGUAAAUAUGCACUUCCUUUGUUUGAGGUGGUGACAUUUACCAAUGUGGGGUACUCACCCAUUGGCACUUUCAUUACCGAAGAUAAGUUGGAAAUUAGUGUUGCUGAUGGAUUAACAGUGCUCAAAUCUUGGCACCCAAAUUGGAGUCCAGCUGCUGUGGUGACCGACUGUGAUAAAGCACAGAGCAACGCAUUACAGAAAGUAUUUCCAGACUCCUCACAGUACUUGUGUAAGUUCCAUGUAGAGCAAGCCUGGAAAAGAUGGUUUUCCAGACGUGACAAUGGCUUGGUUGAUGAAAUGGAUGAUGCUCUGCAUCUGUGCAUUGCUUGCUCUGUCACUCAAGAGGAACUCCAAGACAACAUUGCAGCUUUAAAGUCAAGGACAUUCUGGAAGGAAAAUCCUCAUCUCCAGAAUUAUUUGAAUAACACUUGGCUGAACAAUACAGAUAGAUGGGUUAGAGCUUUCCGACCUCUGGAGGAGAAUAUUGUUGUCACAACAUCUAAUGGCGUGGAAGUUCAUCACAGAAUAUUGAAAACUCUGCUAAAGGAACAUAGUUGCAGGACUGCCCAAAGCUUGGUGGAUGUCAUUGUAACAAAAUACUUUCAACAGUGCCUUGAAAGUUACAUUGAACGAAAUGUCCAGCCAAAAUCUACAUCGAAAUUGUAUCAGCAUGCAGUUCCAAGGUUUAUUCAUGGAAAACCAAAAGUAUUUGUAGAACAUUGUAUUGCAAGGGUACCAGAUGCUAUGCUGUAUAGCAAGGAGGAGGUGAUCAAAGUUGACAACAUGACUUACAAUAUAACCUCUCAAUCAGAUCCCAGCAGUACUUAUAACUUGAGACUGAAUAUUCCAUCUUGUAACUGUCCUGACUUCCAGUUACAUUAUAUGCCUUGCAAGCAUUUCAUAUGUGUCAUAAUUCUGUAUGAUGGCUGGAAAGAUGUUCCUGGUACAUAUGCUGUAUCAAGGUAUUACACAAUAAAUGAAGAAUUUCUGAAGUGGAUAAAUCUCACAAUGACUGAUGAUAAUAUAUCUGAGAAAUCUGAGCCAGAGUUGGUUCCAGUGAGUGAAAGUUCUUUAAUCGAAAAUAAAGAAUGUUUCACUUUCAGUUCUACUCCUGAUAACAAGCAGCCAGGAUUUGUAACUCAACUUGCAAAGGCCAAUGUUGAAAUGAACAACAUCAGAAAUUAUAUCAACAACACUUGCAAUGCUGAUGCAGUGAAGGAUGCUUCUGAAAUGUUACAUCAGUGCUUUCAGACAUUGGUUACAGAUCACGGCAAUGUUUCGGCUUUCAAAAUGUCAGCUUUUUGUGAGAGACAUAAAACUCUGAAAGUACCAAAGACGUUUCUGAAGAAGAAAAGGCUAACAAAUCAAAAGCAAAAAAGCUAUCUCAAAGAAUAUCUAAAGAAAAGUUUCAGAAAGAAAAAGCGUCACCAAAGGAAGAGACCAGAAGCAGAUAACGUAGUGGAGCAGUCAGAGAACCAGGAAAGCCAAAACAGGUGCAAUAUCACAAAGGAGAAGGAAUUAAAUCUGGAACCGGAAGCAGAUAACGUAGAGGAGCAGUCAGAGAACCAGGAAAGCCAAAACAGGUGCAAUAUCACAAAGGAGAAGGAAUUAAAUCUGGAUCCUGUCAUUCCUGAUGUCGAUGAGGUAUGGGAUAACCAUCAUAAUUCCAAAUCAUUGAUGGCUGUUGUAGGGCAGUUCAAGCUCUAUGGAUAUUCAUUUGGUUCUUUGAAACAAGAUGAAGAGGUGUCAGAUGAGGUGAUAGAUGCAUAUAUGCAAUUGUUAACAGACCAUAAUACAAAUACAACAUUCAUCAACUGUGUUGUAAUGGGGAAGCUUUUACAAAAACCCAACUGUUGCUCUCUGAUGACAAAGACUACCUUUGAGCAUUUUGACAAAAUCUUGUGUCCUUUCAACCACUUUGGACACUGGGAGUUGGUCAUUAUCUAUCCAAAAGAUCGACAGAUAAUGUAUGUAAAUUCAAUGGGUGAACCCCAUAGUAGACAGCAAAACAUUCUUGUGUCCUGGAAAACAUUUAUCAAUAGACGUUUUGCCAGUGGCCUGGAACAGUAUGGACCAUCAAAAUGGACACUGAAACUAGCUGGAGCCCACCCUAAACAAAACGAUUCCGUCAGCUGUGGAGUGUUUGUUAUGAAGUUUGCAGAAUUACUGGUGCAAGAUAAAGAUCUUGUUUUUAAAGCAAGACCAAGGGACAUUGACAACAUGAGAAGAGAAAUUGCAUCUAUAUUGCUUGCAAGUUGUGGAAAUGUUACAAAUUACUGCAGAAAGUGUUCUCAGGUUUACAAAGUCAAUGAGGGCUGGAUUCAGUGCAACUCCUGCCAUUGGUGGAACCACUUUUCAUGCAGCAAUGUUGGAAGGGGAAUAGCUGAUGCUAGCCACGAUUCAUUUUGCUUCCUCUGCAAUACUUGUCAGGGAUUGGACAAUGCAGCAGCAGUGACUACGUACACAGAGAGAUCACAUCUAAAAAGAAAGUCACCAUCUGAAUUAAGUGGCUCAAGCAGCAGUCGUUCAACUGGUGAUGACAUCACAACUUCAUCCAUAGUUGAAUCAUAUGUCGUAUGUAAAUUAACAAAUUAUAUAAAAAUUUGUGCUGGCUGCAGAUCCAAAUUUGCCAAACCUAUCAAAAGUCCAAAUGAUUUUAUUAUCAGACACAGAGAGAUGGAUUCAUUUUUUGAUAGGCGUCUGAAAUCCAUGAGAAGUGUAUUUCAAAACAAGUAUUAUCAUAUUGCUGCAAACUGCAUAAAAGCAAGAAAUACUCAGUUUGUGAAAUCUUCUAUUUGCAUUCCUCCAAAUGUCACAUUAUCAGCAGAACAUUUAGAAUUUUUCAAAACAUUUGGAGUAGACUUGACGUCAUUUCUGAACAGAAAAUUAUAAGAGUCUUUAGGGGAAAAUACAUGGAUAAAAAUUAAGUCAAUGAAAUUUACAUUUGAUCUUUACAUUACAGACUUAUUAGUACAGAUAUGUGAGUUCUAUGGCUUAAAUGGGUUUAUUUUAGUUUGAAACCUGAGGAGAUUAUGAUGUAGCCUGUUAUCUUGUCUCUAAUCUGUAAGCUUUUACUCUUUUGCUGCACCUCCUGAAUGGAUGUCCUGAUAUAAUGCAAUAAUUCUCACAUGCAACUAGUAAUACAUGCAAUUUUGAUGUGUCAUGUAUCCAAGAUGGCCAUAUAAUCCAGUUGGAAAUAUUGGAUGGAAAUAUAUACCAUGGUUUGCAUCUGUUGAGCACAGUAUAUCCCAUGGUACAGCGUCCAGCAUCAACUUUUUCAUUUUAAUAACUUCUCCUCAAUAACCAAGAGACUGAUGGACUUGAUAUUGGGCCUGCAGCAUGCUGGAGUGAAGGGCUACCAGGUUUGUUCAAAUGAAUAAAGAGGUAAUCUAAAGUUGACCUCAAUCCUUUUCAAAGUUACAGUAGAGCCAGGUGAGUGAUACAGGCCCAUUGGGCCUCUUGUUGAAUAAAGCAAUAUACAUUUAUAGUGUAGCAGAACUGGCACCCAGCUUAAUAACAAGAGAAUAUGGUGUAGAAUCUUUGGAGUAAUUUUUUUGUUGAAGUAGAGAGAGAUCUGGGCAGAACAAUUAAAUGGCCAGGUUGCACAAAUGUUAUAAUGAGCAUUUAUAUACAUGCAUAGAGAUCAGAGAUGAUGGGUUUGAAUUCCUGACUUGUAUUUGCAUUAUUCCUCUUGCAAUUCAAUCAUCUGAUGCAUUGGGUUACAAAACUGAUUAGCUCUGUUGAGGAUGCGUUUUUUAUUCAUAAACAUAUUUUAUACAAAAUAUUGAUAUUGAGAAUCCGAUCUUAAUAAGUCAAAUAAGAUGCAACUUGUUGAAGUGUUAUAUGAUGUGUCAUAUGAUGAACUCGAUUUUCUGUUUGUAAGUAACUCUAUUUCUUCAAUAUGUUUAUAAUCUUGUACACAUCCAGAUUGGUUACAAGAUUUUAUGUGUGAAGACCUCAGUUUAUACAGUAUUUCCGUUUAUGAGAUACUUUGUUUUCAGUGUUUAAUUAUGAUUACUCUGGUAACAAGAGAUGAUGUACAAUUUUAUAUUACUAAAUGUUAACUCCGUGUAUCAAGUAACCGUGUGUGUUAUUGGUUAUGACUUAGUAAAUACUAAUCAUUUGACCCGUAACUAGAGCAGAUACAGCAGAUGCAGAUACCUCCCUCUUACAUGGUAAGGGGUUGGGGCAGCCUACUUGAAGCGCACACUUGGGUAUUUACUUUUUAUUCUUUUUUUUUUUAAUUAUCAUUAUUAUAUUUUUAGCCCACCAUUUCAUUAAAUUUCAU